AGCUUUAUCUUGUUAGCUUUAUCAAAUCAUACUACCAACCAUGCCUUUACAAGUUAAACCAGCUGCUCAAUUGGUCAAGCCACCUUCCAUCCCAUCUCCAGGUAACAACUCCUUCCUCGGUGAAGUGUUCACCAGUGACGCUCCAAAGGGACAGGAAAUCACUUCUGGAUUCUACAGACAAGAAGCCGGUGAACCAUUGGUGUACACAUACACUUAUGACGAAAUGAAGAUUGUUUUGGAAGUGGAAGGCGAAUUCACCAUUACUGAUGAAACCGGACACAAGAUUAUUGCUAAGCCUGGGGACGUGUUGUUCUUCCCUAAGGGAUCUACCAUCACUUUCGCCACUACUGGAUAUGCUUUGAACUUCUACACUGGUUUGAGAGGAGCUGGUGAAGGUUAAAUAGAGUAAUUGUACGUCUUUCUGUUUGUAUAAUGAAAUGAAUACACACCUUGUUUUAGC